AUGAGUGAGUCCAUUCUCCAAAGUCCGGCCCUCUGUGUCUCAGAGUCUGUGCGGCUGGUUGGAGGCUCUGGUCUCUGCUCUGGAUCACUGCAGAUCUGGGACCAGUCCUGGACCUCGGUCUGUGAAGGGGCCUUGGACCUGAGGGGAGCAGAGGUGCUGUGCAGGGAGCUGGACUGCGGGGCUCCUUCUGUCCUCCAGGGGGUGCUCUCUCCUCUGGGGCAGAUGUUCCACUGUGAGGGCCAUGAGUCUGCUCUGAUGGACUGUCCCCGCUCCAGACCCAAGACCUGCUCCUCUGGACCCAGUGUGAACAUCACCUGCUCAGAGCCUGUCAGGCUGGUGGGAGGGUCCGGUCGCUGUGAUGGGAUCCUGGAGCUCAGACACAGAGGAGACUGGAGACGUGUGAAGUCGGACUCUGAAAGAUGGACUCCGAGGAACACAGCUGUCGCCUGCAGAGACCUGGGCUGUGGCUCUGCAGUGAAGCAGACGGAGAGAGGGGACUUUCCAAAGAGCCCGGUGUGGGAGGUCUCACCGUACUGUCCAUGGAGCUCCUCGCUGAGAGAGUGUAUCUCAAAGGAAGACUCCACCUCCUCCACAGGAAUGGAACUGGUGUGCUCAGAGUCUGUGCGGCUGGUUGGAGGCUCUGGUCUCUGCUCUGGAUCACUGCAGAUCUGGGACCAGUCCUGGACCUCGGUCUGUGAAGGGGCCUUGGACCUGAGGGGAGCAGAGGUGCUGUGCAGGGAGCUGGACUGCGGGGCUCCUUCUUUCCUCCAGGGGGCGCUCUCUCCUCUGGGGCAGACGUUCCACUGUGAGGGCCAUGAGUCUGCUCUGAUGGACUGUCCCCGCUCCAGACCCAAGACCUGCUCCUCUGGACCCAGUGUGAACAUCACCUGCUCAGAGCCUGUCAGGCUGGUGGGAGGGUCCGGUCGCUGUGAUGGGAUCCUGGAGCUCAGACACAGAGGAGACUGGAGACGUGUGAAGUCGGACUCUGAAAGAUGGACUCCGAGGGACACAGCUGUCGCCUGCAGAGACCUGGGCUGUGGCUCUGCAGUGAAGCAGACGGAGAGAGGGGACUUUCCAAAGAGCCCGGUGUGGGAGGUCUUAUGGUACUGUCCGUGGAGCGCCUCGCUGAGAGAGUGUAUCUUGGAGGAAGACUCCACCUCCUCCACAGGAAUGGAACUGGUGUGCUCAGACUUACUGAAUCGUCCAAUCCUGUCCCUCGUGGUGACGGUGGGGGUCUCCCAGGUGGAGGCCCAGGUGGAGGCCCAGGUGGAGGCCCAGGUGGAGGCCCAGGUGGAGGCCCAGGUGGAGGCCCAGGUGGAGGCCCAGGUGGAGGCCCAGGUGGAGGUCCAGGCAGUGCGGGUGCAGUUGGGGUCUCAGUUCUUGGUCCAGUGCUCGGUGGAGCCUCAGUUCCCAGGAGGCUCCUUCCAGCUGCUCUCUCCCUCUGGGAACCACACCCUGCCUGCUGUCAAUCACUCUGCACACUUCCUGUUCAAUCACACUGGCCCCGCCCACAAAGGAAACUACACCUGUGUUUACCACCUACAGGUGUUCAACCACAGCUUCACCUCCGAGAGCGAGAGACUGGAGCUGAGACUGGGAGCUUUAGACUCAGACCUGAUCAUCAGGGUCCUGAUGAUUCUCCUGCUGAAGCUGCUGUACAUCCUCCCAUUGUACUGCAAGGUCAAAAGAGGCUCUCGACGGACGGACCGACUGUGA